AUGAUCCUUGAGGGUUAUUUUGUCUUCUCUCCAGAAUUCUUUAAGAAGAAGACUCCCUGUUACCUCACAGAAGUUUUGAAAGAAUACAGCAAAGGUGAUUCAAGAUAUGCAGCAAAAGAAUCUGGAAUUGUUGCUGUUGAAGGAAUCACUGCUGUUUUAGAGGGUCCAGCUAGUCUUCUAGCAGCGUAUGCUAUUGCCACAAAAAAGCCAUAUAGCUGCUUACUUCAAGCAGCUAUUUCUCUGGCACAGCUUUAUGGAACUGCUGUAUAUUUCAUUACUUCUUACUUGGAUGGGAAUGACUUUGCUGCAAGCUUGUAUUAUUAUUAUCCAUACUACAUCAUAGCAAAUUCUUUUUGGGUUGUAAUACCCACACUUGUCGUAAUCCGCUGCUGGGAGAAGACAUGUGCAGCAUUCCAGAUUCAAGAUCAGAAAAAGACCAAAAUUCGUUGA